AUGGCUCACUACGACAACUUCGCAUUCGACCCACACGCGUGGCCGUUCAACCCGCACCACUCGCCCCAGUUCCACCCGUACACCCACGACCCUCUCCUCCCAUCCAACCCAGACCACGCGCUCCCCUUCCCGCACGCAGCCACCGCACCCGCACCCUCAGACCCACAACCCAGCGGGUCAUCCUCGUUCCUCAGCCCCUUGCCCCUCCCGAGUCUCUCCCUUGCGGCUGCUCCCGACCAGCCUGGCGCGGACCAACAUGCAGUGAAAGGCGAGGGCGAGGCGGACGACGCCCUUAGGUCCCUCAUCAAGGCGGAGGAUGCGGACGGCUCGCUCGCAGGUGGUGAUGCACGAGCUUCGAUUUCCGCGGCAGGUCCGGCGCAAACCACCGCCUCCUCCUCGACUCCUAUGCCGGGCCUUCCGUCCCUCCCCUCCUUCAUGCCCCCCUCAUUCACCAACAUCCCUCCCGACAUGUACGCCCAACUGAUCAACCAAGCCCGCUCGACCCUGUUCGGUACCGGCGGCGCUCCUCCUCUUCCCCCUGGACUCGCCGGUCUUCCUCUCCCUUCCCCUUCCGCCUCAUCCUCUCCCGGCAUCCCCUCUCUCUCCGCGCUCAUCGGCUCGUCAUCGGGUUCCCUCGCCCCCCAAUCAACCUACAUCGCCGCCCCUCCCUCCUCGUCAGCUGCAGCAGCCCUCUCAGGCUCACUCGCAGCCGCAGCAGCCCAGUACGGUCUCUCACCCGUCGACGGCGAAGGACCGUUCUCGACUCUCCCGCUUGGAGCGUACGCAGUCAAUGGCUCGCUUCAGGCUCAGGCGCACCAGGCUGCGCAGGCGGCCUUUGCGAAUUAUCAGCUCCAGCAGCAGCGACAGGUUCAAGCGCAGGGGCAGGCGCAGAGGCAGGCGCAGAGGCAGGCGGACGACGAUGCGGUUUCGGGCACGACGGCGAGCGAUGCGGACGGAUCAGAGGACGACGAGGAGGAUGGCGUGAGGCGCGCGGGGAACGACGAGGACGAGCCGAGUAUUUGUGGUGUCGCGGGGUACUUGCUGCGUGGUGGUGCGCCGGGAGGUGGAGCGGAGGACUACCUCACGCCUGCGACUUCGGCGCACCAGUCCGACGUCGAGGGCAAACCUUCUCCCGCGUCUGGCGCUCCAACACCCGCUGCUUCGUCGUCCGUCGUUCCCUCGUCCACCACCACUCCGUCAGCCUUUGGCUUCGCUCCUCCGCCUCCGCCGCAGCCACCCCUCGGAGGAGAAGGCUACAACCCAGGCGACCCUUACAUCCCCUCUCUGGGCGCAUACUACGCCCACCUCGGUUACGGCCACCUCGGCGUCCACCCGGCUUUCGGACUCGGCGUGCAGGGCAAGAUCACCUACAGGGAGGAUGAUCCGCCCGAGUUGCCGUACCAGAGCGACGAUUCGGCUGAUGGAGACUUUGGGACAAAGAAGGGACGGAGGGGAAGGCAGAGGACGAGGAAGGCGAGCGCGGUACCGGGCUUUGCGGCGCCCAAACCGCCUCCUUCUGCGACGGGCGUGCCGGGCGGGACGGGGACAAGCAGCGCGACGCCUACGCCUGGCUCGUCGCUCGACCGUACCGCGCGCGGCGGGUCUUCUACACCUUCUAGCUCGACUUCGCGCGGCAGGAAACGCGCGUCCCCGGCGGCAUACAGCGAGGUCCAUAUGCCCGGUGCGAUCGACCCUGCGACUGGGCUCGCGAGGAGGCAGACGGAGAUCCCGGCUGUUGAGGACGAUCCGAGCGUCAAGCCUUACGGGUGUAAUUGGUGUGUGAUUGAUAGGGCGGAGCGGAGGCGGGUCGAGAGGGAGGUGUUGGCCGACUUGAAGGGUAAAGGGCGCGCGGAGGACGAUGGCGAGUCGGAUGUGGAUGCGGAGGGAGAGGACGACGACGAUGCCCCGCCGAGGAUCGAGUUGAGUUGGAGGACCAUCAAGGAGUUGAGGGAGCACAAUGCGCGGUAUCACAAGGACCGCGCGGACGAGCUCAAGAAUGGCGACGAGGAGAGUCUGUUGAUGGAGAUGCCGUUCAGGUGUGCGCUUGACCCGUGCGACAAGACCUUCAAAUCGCUCGCCGGCCUCCGCUUCCACUUCCAGAACGCCUCGGCCAACGGUCACUUCAUCGUCGCCCUCGAGCGCGAUGACCAGACGGGCCAGGAGCGCGCGACGAAAAAGUUCAAGCAGGAGAUCAAGCCGAGCGGGAGGGAGUUGCAGUGCCCGAUCGCGAGGUGUCCGAAGAAGUUUAAGCAGAGUGCCGGCCUCGCCUACCACCUCACGCACACGCCCAACCACCCCGUCACCGCCGCCCUCCUCGACACCUUCGAGUCGACGCUCCUGAGCAAGACCAAGUGGUGGCUCUCGCGCCUCAACAAGCCGCUUGACCCGGCAUGA